UGCCUUAUUUCUGCGCAAGUAUUAAUUAGCUGGGCUCUGAUUGAUAUUAUAAGCGGCACCGGCAAAUGCAGUUUAGUGAUAGCCCUAGUGAUCUCUUCAUCAUAUACUCAUCACAAUGAGUCUCAAUAUACUCCUGAGUAUUUUAUUUCUUGAUCUGGUAUGGUGUAAAGUACAAUUAAUUCAUGAAUUGCCGUCGUAUUUUCCACAAUGCUACAGAAAUGAUCCAGAUCUGAACCAGUGUCUUUUGAAAGCUACCGAAUCAGUUCGACCAUACAUGAAACAAGGUAUACCGGAACUUCGAAUCCCUUCAUUCGAACCAUUUUCAGUUCCCGAAAUUGUUCUGGAGCAAGGAACACAGUCUUUGAAUUUCAAAGCCGUUCUGAAAAACGUCGUCAUUCAUGGAAUAACAAAUUAUCACUUUACUCGUUUUGACUUUGACGUGCCAAAUCUACAGUUCUUCUGUGAUGCUGAUAUUGAUAAUCUGGAGCUAGAUGGAGAUUAUACUGUUCAUGGAAAAGUUUUAGUAGCGCCAAUCGAAGGCAAAGGAAGAUUCACAGUUCACGUAGAUCAUUGCAGUAUAAAGCUUAUACAAACAUAUCAUGAAGUUGAGAAAGACAAUGAUAUAUAUCUACUACCUCUAAAAUCAAACACCUCCAUUACUGUUAGUGGGCCUCGAACAAAACUCGACGGUCUAUUUGAUGAGAAUAGUAACUUAGGUGAGGUAACGAAUAAAGCUAUAAAUGACAAUAUCGACGAAUUAUUCUCCGAGCUGAAACCAGUCAUCGAACAAACCAUAAGCAAGAUUAUGGAAGAUGUGCUAUUGAAAUCGCUCAUGGGAAGGGUUCCAUAUAAUAAAUUAUAUCCAUUUAAAUAAAGGUUUCACUAGACUUAUGAAGAAUAUGUAAUUUAAAUAAUUCAAUAAAUUAUAUUUUGUGAGUAAAUA